AUGAAGACCUCGCUCGUUACACUGUCAUCGCUGCUGUGCGGCAUGACCCAAGCUGCCGUGUCCCCUCUCUCGAGACACGGUAGAUACCUCUUCGAUGCGACCGGUCAACGCUUCUUCAUCAAGGGCGUCGUAUACCAACCGAGAGGCUUGCCGGAGCAACAGACUGCAGAGAACCAGCGUCAGGGUGGCUAUAGAGAGCCUGCGACGUAUAUCGAUCCUCUUGCUGAUCUGGCGAGCUGCCAAAGAGAUUUGCCCUAUCUCAAAGAGCUCGGCGUCAAUCUGCUCUCGGUCUAUUCGGUCUCGCCGACCGCUGAUCAUCGUGCUUGCAUGAACUUGUUCAACGACAAUGGCAUCUACAUCAUCGCUGGUCUCGCCUUGCCGGGCAGCGGGUCCAUCAACCGUGCCUACCCUAGCUGGCAUGUCGGUCUCAAGCGACAGUAUCAAGCGACAAUGAGCAAUCUCGGCCAUUUCCCCAACUUGCUCGCUUUCAGCAUUGCCAAUGAAGUCAUCUCCGGCGUCAUCAACCAAGCUGAUGCCCCUUUCAUCCGAGCUGCUGUGCGAGACGCCAAGUCGUUCUUGCGCUCGAUCGAUAGCAACGCCUGGAUAACUUAUAACGCCGUCGACGGUGAAGAAUGGAGCUUCAACACGGCCAACUAUCUCACUUGUGGCGAUCCCGCCUCUGCUCUCGAUCUCUAUGGCGUCAACACCUACAGGUGGUGCCCCACGCCUGACGGCCAGACGUUCCAGUCCUCAGGUUAUGACCGACUUGUCUCUGCAUUCGACGCCAUCAGCGUGCCUGCUUUCCUCUCAGAGAUAGGCUGUAUCACGGGCACACUUAACCGUCCCUGGCGAGAGAUUGCCGCCAUCUACUCGCCGGCCAUGACCCAAGUCUUCUCUGGCGCAGCAGCAUUCGAGUACAUGGCGGAUGACAUGGGAUUCGGUCUCAUCAGGAAUCUCACUCUGACGAACAACAUUGUCGUCAAAGAGCCCGAUUUCGAUACCCUUGCGUCAGCAUUUCAAACCCAUCACGGUCCUCCCAUGACGAUUGCUGAGAUCCAGCCUGUGCCACAUCAGAUCUGUCCAGCUCAGAACGGUAAUUACGAUGUCUCGCCUGUUCUGCCUCCUACGCCACUAGACCGCGCUUGUGCUUGCGCAGUCAAUACCGCCUUGACUUGCGUACCCCAUCCAGAUCUGACGGCCGCUCAGAUUGGUGAUCAGACCAAUGCUGCUUGUUCCGAUCUCGUCGGCUUCGCCGACUGCCAUUCGAUCAGCGGCAAUGGCGCAACGGGUAUCUACGGCCGUUACUCGACUUGCACACCAUUGCAAAAGCUUGCAUAUGCGAUGACGCUGCACUACUACAAGCAAGGUGGAAGGCCCGAGCUUUGCAACUACGGCGGCACAGCGUCACUGAACCCUCAAGCUCCGACAACUUGGGCGGCCGUGCAGGCCAAUGCAGACAAGUGCUUCGUGCCAGGUAUGGCCAAUCGAUUUGCUCACGUCAGCACAAAGCCGAGCCUGUCAUCUGUCAGAGCGGGCCACCCCGCUGAGGAAGAGCAACCUCCGCAGACCACUGGAUCGACGCCAGGUCAGCGUUUCUCGAGCGCUGUGAAGCAACAGCAUGACGCUGCCCAGCCUAGCCAGACAUUCAGCAUUGGCAUGGCGCAGAAGCAUAGCAAAACAGUAUCACGAUCAAUACUACUGAGCCUCCUAUGGGCAGCUUCGACGGCUCCUGCCACCAGCGCGCCCGCACUGUCGACAUCUUUCGAUGGCACUCGUCUUGACAAGGCGGGCAUUCUUCAUCUCCCACUCGUCCCGAGGCGUAGCACGCAGCUCAAGAAGAGAAACGAUCUAGCUCGCAAAGGGUAUCUCAGCAAGCGCGAUGUCCUCAAUGUCCCUCUUCAGGUCUUUGAGAACCUCGAAUGGUAUUCGACCAUAAGUAUAGGCACUCCACCGCAACAGAUCAACGUCAUCAUGGACACUGGCUCGAGCGAUCUCGUCAUACCCACCUUGCCAUGUUCGCUAUCGUCCACGGCCACCUAUUGUGGAUCUGCCUUGUCCGACGGCGAUGUCUUCAAUUCGAGUAGUUCUUCGACGUUCAAGGCGUCUAGCGAGCGUGUUACGUAUACAUAUGGUACGGGCGCAGCGACAGGUAUAGCGGCGAGUGACACCAUCACGCUGGCCAACGCAUCCAUUCCUGGCAUUGCAUUCGCCGCUGCUGCAACCACUCAGGGCAUCGGCGAGACUGGCAGCGAUGUGGCCGGCAUUAUGGGAUUGCCAAGGAGCUCCGCCAACUCGCAAGUCACGCCAGGAUUGCUCACGAGCUUGCUGCAAUCAGAUCGGCUUGAAGCGCCACAGUUUUCGAUCUACCAAGCCAGAGGCUCCAAAGGUACACUCGGACAGAUCACAUUAGGCGGCAACGAUAGCCGACUGUACGAUGCGAGUACCCUCGAAUGGCACGACGUUGCUCUGACGUCUCAGUCAUACUGGACUCUCCCUCUCACUGGGUUGCGCAAAGAUGGCGAGGAUAUCUCGUUGCAAGACACGGGCAGUGCCCCCUACAUAACGAGCAAUGGCGAUCCAAUCGUCAUCACUGACAGCGGCACAUCUGCUAUGCUUCUGCCGUCAGACAUACUCGAUUCGCUCUUUUCGGAUGUUCGAUCGGCGCAGAAAGUAGACUUGGGCGGCGCAUCAGGCUACGUUUUGCCCUGCUCGUCGCGCAUACAAGUCUCACUGCAGUUUGGGGGCGUCCGACUGACUGGAUUGGCAAUGUUGCAGAGACAUCCGGGCGGUUGUGCUUCGCCAACGCGAUCGCAACAUCGACUUCCAGGCACAUCGAGCUCGCUACCUGCCUGGAUUCUCGGCGCACCGUUCUUGAAGAACGUCUAUGCGAUCCAUUCCCUCGAGACCACGCGAGGUCGCAUGGGCUUUGCGGCGCUCACUUCGACCGCCGGGUUGAUCAUCAAUGAGCAGACCGAAGACGGCACCUCUGUCGCCGUCACAAAGAUCGACAGUCUGCGAUCGGAUCUUAUCAUUAUCGAGGAGCGCGUGCUCGAGGCUGGUGAUGAGCGCUAUUGUCCUGCGAUUAGCGCCAUCAAGCCCUUGCCCGACGCUGCACUCGACUCGCAGUAUACUCAUCUGUCCACGCCAGCUUAUCGCAAGCAAUCAAUCGGUCUCUUUUCGGAAGCGAUCCAGGUCAAAACGCCCUCCUUUGAUGAUCUAGGCUCGGUCAAAGACGAUAAGCGUUGGGAGGCCUUCUUCGCCUUUGCAGACUAUCUCCGCGACUCCUUCCCACUCGUGCACGAGCUCCUCGAGCUCCGCCGCGUCGACACGCACAAUCUGCUUUACACGCUCAAAGGCUCAGACGCAACGCUCAAGCCGCUGCUCCUCAUGGCUCAUCAAGAUGUAGUGCCCGUCAAUCGCGAUACCGAGAGCAAGUGGUCUUUCCCGCCCUUUGGCGGUCUUACGAAAGGUGACUAUAUGCUCGGACGAGGCGCAAGCGAUGACAAGUCGAUGCUCGUCGCCAUCAUGGAAGCGAUUGAAGCUCUCCUCAAGGGCGGAUUCUCUCCUCGUCGUACCGUCUUGCUAGCGUUCGGCGCUGAUGAAGAGAGCUCGGGCAACGGCGCAAACCAGAUCGCUCGCUUGCUUGAAGAAAUGUACGGGCGAGACUCGAUUGCUAUGCUUGUUGACGAAGGCAAUGGCUUUGCAACUCUGAGCAACCAGAGACGUGUCUUUGCGCUGCCCGCUAUUGGUGAGAAAGGCCACCUCGAUGUCGACAUCACCGUCAAUACACUUGGGGGUCAUUCAUCCGUACCACCCACGCACACGGGUAUUGGCAUCCUCGCUGCCAUCAUCACCGAGCUUGAAGCCAAGCCAUUCCAAGCUAGACUUUCGCGUGACAGCCCAGUGUUCAGCAUGGCCAACUGUAUGAUUCCCUUCCUGUCGGAUGGAUCAGCAGCAGACGUGCGACGAGCACGCCAUAGCCAGCGCCAAUUGGAUGCAUUCGCCAAGCACAUGGCUGAGGAGAGUCUGGAAGCUCGCUACAUGCUCCAGACGAGCCAAGCAGUCGAUAUUGUCAGCGGCGGCAGCAAGAUCAACGCACUGCCAGAACAGGUUCAGGCAAAGGUCAAUUACCGCAUUAGUCUCGAAGACUCUCUCGACUCUGUCAAAAUUCAUAUUAGCAAUGUCGUCAGGACUAUUGCCCGGCGUUACAAUUUGCGGCAAGACAGUUUUGGGCAGCUUCAUAGCUCUGGGGGACAGACAUAUGGCAACGUCACGCUUACUGCUCAUGCCGAGCUUGCCGUCGCGCCUAUCACGCCACAUGGCCCGAAUGACCUUCCAUACGCUCUGCUAGGUGGCACCGUAUUAGACACGUACGAACAGCGCUUCCCGGGCAAUCUCUCCUUCGCUGGUUCGCUCAUGACGGGCAACACUGAUACGCGAUCUUUCUGGAACCUCACCAGCCAUAUUUUCAGAUUCACUCCGACCAUCAUGACAAUGGCCGAGUCGCACAUCCAUACUAUUGAUGAAAAGGCGUCCAUCUCUGAACACAUCGAUGCCGUCCGAUUCUUCUUCAAUCUCGUCCGCAAUGCCGACGAGCGUCCACUUUGA